AGGAGGGAGAGGACAACCCGGUGAAGCGGAGCUCGAAACGACGUCCAUCUCAGUCGAUGAAGCGCAUCCCACUCUCUUCACCUCCCCGAUUCGAAGAUUCCUUCGACCUAAUCCACGGGCCCUCGUCUGUGGGCACAAUUUCCCAGGUAGAGGCGCAAUUGAAGUGGGCCGACGCUUUAGAAUCAAGCGAUUUGGAUGUGUCCACCUUGCGAUUGCGGGAAAGCGGACUCCCUCCGCGACUACGCGCCAAAGUGAAUAGGAUGAGGAGAGCGUGGGCGAGGACGAAAGGAGAGAGCUGGUCGCGGAGCAUGGCAGACUCCUCGCUUCACUCGCGCGAGUUUCUCUAGAUCUCCCGGAUCUUUUGAGUUAGUUGGAUUCAAGAAAAAAAAAAAUGGGAAGCAAUAGAGUUGAGCAAGCUGAAGUUUGUGAUUCACCUCCUUUGCCAUCAUAUGAAACGGCAAUGGAAGCAUUGUCUUCUCUUAUUUCCCGCCGUAGGCGGGGAAGUGGAAGUAAGCUGGGGAAUGGAAGUCCUCAAGCAGGCCCUGUAAAUAGCAAAUUACAGUUAAUGGAGAAGUAUCUGAAGAUAUUGGAGCUAGAAGACUCCAUUGAUGGGCUUAACAUUAUUCAUGUUGCUGGAACUAAAGGGAAGGGUUCAACAUGUACUUUUUCUGAAGCAAUCUUACGUGCAUGUGGCCUUCGCACGGGACUUUUUACGUCGCCCCACUUGAUUGAUGUGAGAGAACGAUAUCGCAUUAAUGGGUUGGAUAUUUCUGAAGACAAGUUUCUGCAGUACUUUUGGGAUUGUUGGAAUAAGCUGAAGGAAAAUUUAACUGAUGAUAUUCCAAUGCCCCCUCUUUUCCAGUUUCUCACAUUGCUAGCUUUUCAGAUCUUUACAUUUGAAAAGGUUGAUGUGGCAAUUGUGGAAGUUGGGUUGGGAGGACGUUUGGACUCAACAAACGUGAUUAAAAAGCCUAUUGUUUGUGGCGUUACAUCACUUGGGAUGGAUCAUAUGGAAAUUCUGGGAGAUACCCUUGGAAAAAUUGCAUCAGAAAAGGCAGGAAUCUUUAAGGCAGGAGUUCCUGCAUUUACAACACCUCAACCUGUUGAUGCAAUGGUUGCUCUUCAAAGGAGAGCCUCUGAAUUGAUGAUUCCAUUGCAAGUUGCAAUGCCUCUUGAUCCAAAUAGGUUUGCUGAUCUAAAGCUUGGAUUGGCUGGGGACCAUCAGUACACAAAUGCAGGACUUGCUAUUUCAUUGUGCCAGUGUUGGAUUCAGAGAACAGGACAUUCCAAGGGUCUUGAUCUGACAAUUCAAAAGGGAGAACUGCCUACUGAAUUUUUUAAAGGCCUUUCAGUUGCAAAUCUUAAUGGCCGUGCUCAGAUUGUGUAUGACACUUCUGCAAAUGAAUCAUCAGAAAGGAAAGAAAGAAACUCUGGUGAUUUGAUUUUUUUCCUGGAUGGAGCACACAGCCCAGAGAGCAUGGAAGUCUGUGCAAGAUGGUUUUCCCACGUUGCAAAAGAUGAAAGAAAAUUUGGUGCAGAUGGCAUGAAGGAACAAGUUGGAAAGUCAAAUGGACCUAACAAAAACUUAAAGAAUGUUCUUUUGUUUAACUGUAUGGAAGUCAGAGAUCCUCAAGUCCUCCUUCCACGACUUGUCAACACUUGUGCUUCCAAUGGAGUUCAUUUCUCCAAGGCAUUUUUUGUUCCAAGCUUGUCUCUAUACAACAAGGUUGGGUCUUCUAUGUCACCAGUAUCUUCUAGUAUGCCUACAGACCUGUCAUGGCAAUUCAAUCUUCAGCGGAUAUGGGAGAAACUUAUUCAUGGAAGAGAUAUCCAAGUAGAAGAAAAUUCAUAUUUGCAUUAUGCAGAAAGAUCUCCUUCCUAUGACGUUCUCUUUGGUGAUCCUCCUCAAAAGUGUGAUUCAGACAGUAAAGCCACUGCUUCAGCAGUCAUCCCCACAUUGCCACUGACAAUUAGAUGGCUGAGGGAAUGCAUCAAGCAAAACCCAUCCCUUAGAAUUCAGGUUCUAGUGACAGGGUCACUGCAUCUUGUUGGGGAUGUUUUGAAGCUACUUAGAAGGUGACAAUCUGCUCAACUUUUUUUGUUUUUGGCAUGUUGCCUGUAACUGUAAUGCAAAAGUUUGUUUCAUAUUCAUUCAAAUUUGUUACUUCAUGCAAUGUCAAAUUCCUGAUCUUCCUGAAGACCCAAAUUACGUUUUGAGAUGUAUGUUUGGCUAAAGCAGUAAUUUUAUAGGAAGGUCAACUAUGGUGAAUGAUUGGUAUUUAAGUCAGAAUUAAUAAUAUCCAGUGUAUCCUUGCUGUUCCAGAAGGAACCCUCUCAAGGAAAAGUUGAGGCCUCCUGUUUAUGUAUCACAUUUUUGUCAUCUCAUUAAAGGAAGUGUACUUUUUUGUUGGUAUGAAAAUGUUGUAUACACAAAUCUAAUGGGGAAAUGGAACUUUAUUCUUCUGUUUCAAA